CUGUGUCGCAAAGCGUCUGAGCAGCUUUGGAACUUAGAUGGCGCGCCUCUCGGGGGAGAUUCCCCCGUUGGAGUUGCAGCAUGUCCCCCCAGAUGUCUUGGAAGCGUACAUCAAGCGUGCUUGCCUGGCAGUUGCGGGGUCAGCAGUGGUGGCGAGGCGCCUGAAUGUGGCUUCAGAGAAUAUCGUGAAUGCAUUCAAAGAGGCAUUUGAAGCCAGCCCAGAGCAGAGCCUGGCUCUAGAGGCACCCACUGUGGAGCUGGCGCUUGCCUUCAGACAUCAAUGCCUGUUCCUGGGCUGCAAAGACCUUACCUGUCACAUAUGCUCUCAGAACCCCAACCGGCAGUGCAGCGUCAACUUCAACAACAAGUAUCUGGCAGGCGACAUUCUGAAAGCAAAGUGUGGCGCGAGCAUCUUCAUAGAGAUCACUGAUCUCCACACUGGCGGUGUCAUCAAUGAUCCGGAAGUGACAGACAAUUACUAUGUGGAGAUUGCGGUGAUGGAUGGCAAGGGGUAUCAGGCGCUCAUAGAAUCCAAGCGGGAGAGCUAUGAUGAGGAGCUGGAGGGCCCCUGCAUGCUCACACUGAAUGGACAUAACAAGCCGCUGUUGGCGCCCGGGCGUGCUGGGGAGCUGAACACGGCGGGGAGGGUGGUUGUUCCAGUCAUCAGGGGGAGGGCCUGUCUGCCAGAUCUCAGCAUCACAGGGAGCUCUGAGGCGCUGCUGUCUGGUCAGAAGCCCCCCUUCAUGCUGCUGGUGCGCGCGUACAACAAGGUGGACAACACGCGCGCUCUGCACAUCAGGAAUGGGACGUCGGAAUACUUUGUGGUGGCGACUCCGCGGGUGAGGACGGCGGUAAAGGCGGUGAUUCCCCAUGUGGACGACCACGUCAGCAAGCUGCAGUCUCUAGGAGUCAUGACUCAGAACAAGCUGGCCGACAUCUCCGCGGCCGCCGCCGCUGCCGGCAUUACUCACGACCUCCACGUGCCCAGGAACAAUGUUAGCACCGUGGGCGAAUUCCGGGAGCUGUGCAUGUGGUCGGACAAGGAUCGGGCGCUGUGCGAGACGCUCAAGAAGGUGCUCAAGCUGACCAAGGGCUGGGAUGCUGCCAAGGAGCACGCCAUGCAGGCGGUGACAUCGGACCAUCAGCUGCGCAUUUGGUCCCUCGACUCCACCGCGGGCCUGCUCUUCAAGUGCCACAUGGGCGUCGUGGACAUAGAGAAGCCCAUCGGCGUCCUGCAGAGGCGCAUGGAGGACGGGCACGUGCAGGCGGUGCUGGACAGCCACAUCAGCGUCGCGCAGCAGAAUAUCCUGCGCCGGGGGCAGAACAAGGCGCUCGAGGACUGGUUCGUGGCCGGGCACCCCAACUGGCGGGUCUGGGAGGGCAUGACCCACGAUGGCUUCAUGCGCGGCAUGCACACCCAUGGCGAGAAUGGCACGAUCAUUGUGCAUGAGGGUCUGCUGCCAAGCCACCCGCUGGCCGCCCACAACCGCCCUGGCAGCUUUAACCUUGGCCUCUCUGACUCUGGCAGCGCCUUUGGCUCCCUGCAAGACCUGGCCAACCCUGGUCUGGUCCUGAACAUCCAGCCAGGCAUGCAGAUCUCCUCCACUCCGGUACCGGCCGCAGCGCGCGCGCCAAAUCUGUGGCCGACUCACCCCAGCACCUCGCAGCCUUCUGCGCCGCCUCCCAUCGGCGGCUCUUUCACCUUUGGCCACGCUCGUGCCGCCCUGCAGCCGGGCAUGCCGCCCAUCGCACCCAGCCACGGCGGUGAGAAUGGAGGGCUGAUGCAGCAUCUGGGCUCCGCUCGGGGCAGCGAUCUCAUCUCUGCACCGCCAGGCAGCUGGAGGAGGGGUGAAGCAGAGCCUCUGGUGCAAGAGCGGCAGCCGCUAGCGUCCCCUUUUGCAGGGGAAGAACAGCAGAGCCAGGAGCCGAGCCGCGGGCCCAACCAAUCAGAGCAGGGACCUUCAGAUCCAGGGCCUAAGCGGAGCCAGCCGGUGCUGGCAAAGAGGGAAUCUUCAGCCGGGGGGCCUAAGAGGAAGCGGCAGGCUCUAAAUCCAGACGUGAUGCAGCAGAGGGUGUCUGGCUUCCUGGGGCGUGUCCCCAUGAACAUGGACGGGUCCGAGCAGGAGAAUGUCCCUUCGCUGCGAAAACCGGUCAACUCUGGCAUUGACCUAUUAGCGGAGGCUGCGCACAGAGAGUCGACCGCGGCGGAGCAGCAGCCGCCGCAGUUCAGCCGGAUACGCUCAUAUGGCAUGCCGGGCGGCAACGUGGAGUUUGACGACCUAUAUUUCCGCGAUGAAAGCUCCUUGGUGCAGAAGCUGAUGGACCCAGAGCAAGAUCUGCGCAUGGAAGGCAUGGAGAGCGAGCAGCUCAAGGCUGUGCUUGAAGCUCGCCUGUCUGCAGCCGACCUCAUGUUCCAACCGUCCGGCGAGGAUCUGCCGGCCGCGCUCAGCCCCGCCUCGGGCCAGCCUGAAGGGAAUCCUGCAGGCCUCACCUCAGGCACGAGCUACGGCCAUCUGCUGCGGAGCCAUGGCUCGGAUCUGGGCAUGCCCAGUUUCAGUCCUCUGAUCUCGGGUCUGGACAGCCUUCGGGGCCUCGAUGAUGCCAUCAAAGAGGAGAGAGGGAAGGCCCAUACAGUGUGA